AUGAUGAGCGCUCAAGAGCCACAACAGCGAAUCCCCCCAAGCUCUGACGAUGGGGCUAACAGCCAGGAGUCAGCUGGUCCAGUUGCGGCAGUCUUGCGACCUCGUCUUCGGCGAGAACAAAGGGCAUGCGAUGGUUGUCGACGGAAACGGCGUGUUUGCGAUGGAACACGGGUCAAGGGGUGCACUACAUGUCAAGAAGCAGGAAUCGAGUGCCGUUUUACAGGCGCCCCGCGAAAACAUCCACAAUAUAUUGAAGGGCUAGAAACCCGAUUGAUGGCAAACGAGAAGGUCAUCCGCGCCCAAGCGAGUGUGCCUGAGACGGUCGCUACCGAUACCUCUCCUCAUAUCCUUCGCGGCAUUGCAGCGUUGCUCGAGGUCGUCUCCACCCAAAUACACUCUGCAAAUGACAAACAGCCAACGGCUGUGGAGGAUGACGACUUGUUCGACCGCUUACGGGUGCUGAGUCUGUGUACAUAUGGCAAACAAUUUCAGAAUGUGGCCAGUCGAUGGGGUCUUGUGGCAACAGCUAUCGAGCAGCGCGAGUUGUAUGAGAGAAAGCAACUGCGAUGGCGGAAUCGCAGGACGAAAUACUGGAUAGAGCAUCAGUUUCCACGAUACCCUCUGUCCCGACCAGACAUUCGUCCCCUCGUCUUUCCGCCCCACGACCUUCUCUUAUCAUUGUUUGACCUCUACUUCCGGCACGAAAACAUCUAUUAUCCCGUUCUCCACCGACUAUCUUUUACUCGCAACGUCAUCGACGGUCUCCAUCUCCGCGACCGUGACUUUGGCACAAUUGUCCUUCUCGUUUGCGCCAUUGGGGCCAAGUAUUCUGCUGACCCCCGCGUAUUGUACCGCAGGGAUGGUACAUACGACGAGCUCCAUGUUGGCGAGCAGUAUUUUGAACAAGUCUCGUUUACGAUGGACUACUUGUUCAACGGUCCAACACUCGCACAUAUUCAAUUCUGUGCUCUGGCUUCGAUGUACCUUCAAUUCUCCGGACCAUUUCAGUCCACACUGGUUGCUAUGGGCAUUAAGAUUGCCCAGGACCGGGGCAUCCACCGCUGGCGUAUGAUGUCAAACACUCCCCGAACCAUAGCAGAACAAUGGAAGCGCGCAUUUUGGUGUCUUUUCUGUAUGGAUCGGCAGGCGGCGUUCUCCUUUGGCCAGCCGCUAGCCAUAGAAGGCUACGAUAUGGACACUGAUCUUCCUUCGGAAUGCGAUGACGAAUACUGGCUCGGAGGGGCUGGCGUUAGCCCUGAGGAUGCACCGUUCGCCCAACCCGCAGACCAACCAUCUCAUGUCGCAUUUUUGACGCAGUUCAUUCAACUGAACCAGCUACAAGGCCUUGUCUUUCGCGGCUUGUACAGUCUUCAUAAAUGCCGAAGCAUUCUUGCGAUUCGAGAAGAUCGUUGGCAACAUAGAAUGGUGGGUGAGCUGGAUUUGGCGCUUGAUUCCUGGCUUGAGAGAGUUCCCGCACAUCUGCGACUGGACAACUAUGUCGAUCGCGGAGAGAUGCCUUUGGACGACAUCUUCUUCGACCAGGCCGUCAUGCUCCAUGCUGCAUUUCAUUCUCUCCGAAUACACGUUCAUGGCCAGUUUUUGCCGAUUGUCCGACAACACACCCCUAACUUCAACUUGCCCUCCUCAGCAAUGUCCACAGACGCCGCCCGAGCGAUAAGUCGGGUUUUGCAUCUCCAACGCCAGCAAAGGAUCAUUCCCGUUCCAAGUGUUACUCCUUUCGCUUUCACCGCUGGCCUCAUUCUAGUCAUCAAUCUGUGGAAUGCAGCCCGGACGGCAGGGUUGUCCCCUCAUAUGAACACGACCGUGGACGAUAUUUCUCGAUUGAUGCAAGUCCUCCAAAUUUGCGAGCCUAGAUGGCGCUCUCCGGGUCUGUUUUGGGAUCUUCUUUCCGAACUUUCAUUUCACGAGGCUAUGCUGCCAUGGCCAUGCGACAACCCGAAAGCAGUCCAGUCAAACGUAGUAAACAACAACAACAAACGCCGCCGACCCGCUGCACAGAUGGCUGCAACAGCUGUUCAACCUGUCUUGACGCCUUUCAUGAGGUCAUCGCUGGAAUAUGCUCUCAUCGCAAACCCGCCUUACUGA